AGCGAAAAUAAAAAUAAAAAAUAAGCAUUGCACGUUGGCCCUUGCUGAAAGCAACCUGCAACACAUGACACGAGGUUGAUUCAUCAAUCAGAUUCGAUGUGGGUCACUCUUUAUUUUGCAUCAUUGACAGCCACAAAUCUCAAGCCUAUAGAUAUUCCAAAUUUUCCAUCACAAGCCGUUGCUGCAAACUUAAUUUCAUCCCRGCAAAUAAAUUGUUCGAAGAGACGUCAACUUGAUUUUUGCUUAGCCACUGCGAAGUUCGUUAUACACCCUCUUUCGUCACGGUGGAAAAGGUAGAAGAGCAAUACUMAUAUCGACUAAGAUUGAUUCGUGUGAUCAUUUCAAAUCGUCUUCCGCAACGYAAAAGGGGUAGAAAGGCCAAAUGGCAUCCACUCCACCGAUUGUGAAACGACGAGAACACGAAGAAAACUCAACUCCUGCUGAUCUAGAAGAUGCUUCCGCAAACCGGAAAUUACCAUUCGAGCCAAAAGUUGACGGWAAACCGACGUCGAAAUGUCCCAAGCAGCAAUCUUCCUCAAAGUUAGCUCUGAUUCCAAUGCGAUCCGUAGCCUUCUCAAAAAAUGCCAAGCAGCAGCAACAACAGCCGUUAGAAGCCAAGCARUUUCCCAUCGUAUUGGGCCGGGCUAACUUGUCUCAGUGGUGGUACCAAUCCUGUGACUGCCAACAAUAUUAUUGCCGCCUCCAUUGCCGACCGGUUGCUCAAAACAUAGGGAGUUUGUCAAAGGUAAUGAUUCAAAUUGAUACAAAAGGGACGGCGCACAUCGUUGGCAAGAACCCACACUUGGUAACCAUUAUUACUCCCGAACGAGGUAACAACAACAACUACAACAAAAGCAGCAGCAAUGAUGCUAAGUGCGCUGCAGGUACCGAUCAAGAAUGCAACGACAACUCCCAGAGCAACAAGGACGACCACCACCAACCGAUUGCACUGCGUCCCAAUGAUAUUUUAAGUAUUGGUAGACGCGAUCGGGAACCUUGGAUGCGCUUUCAAAUCGUGGAGAACAACUUCUCCACUAGCGGUGCUGGUGGUUUGACAAAAUCUAGUUUGRUGAAUCACACGAACACAAAAAGUGAUGAUUCGAAAAAUGAACASUUGAAACCAAUUAACGAURUUACCGUGGAAGUUCCUACAAAAGGAGCAUCUCCAGAAGCAUGGAGACAAACACAGCUCUCACGCAAUGACCAUCAAGCAGAAAAUCCACCACAAUCACUAGUUGUAGCGGCGCCAGUUCCGAAUACUUCUGUACAGGAACGAAGUGUGCAUCACGACUCGCAGCUGCCGGAAUGGAUCACAACAACGACAACUACAAGCACCGGUCAAAAGAAACGAAAGAAAGCAUCUUCUGGAUAUCAAAAUUAUGGUAUCACCGAUUCCAAACAACAACAACAGCACCACGCUAUGGCAGCGACCUUGACCAAGGCAGCAGUCGCUGCUGGUGCCGCAGCGGACGCUGAUGAAAGAAACAGAUCAAAAAAAAACUAUCGCUACAAUACUUAUUACAACUAUUAUAACCACGGCAAUUACGACGUCGACUUCAACGCUCAACGCCGGCGGAGACGCUACAGCAGCUCGUCGCUUGCACCUUAUGGAUUAUCCUCGCAUAAUAACAAGCCUGUGAUUCGAUCUGCCGAAGAGCUAUACAACAGAGGAACAUCUCGCAGAGGAGGACGUCUUCAGGGGCACCAUAACGAUCCGCAAAUACAUUUGGUCUUCCAAGACUACGAAACAUCGGCACGACUGCUUAGAGCUGGGACACGAAGGGGAAGAAUUGAAAUGAGACCAUCCAAAGAAACAAAUAGGGAUUGCAACUAUAACAAUGRCGGUGGCAACACGCCACCGAGCGGUGGUGAACACCUAUGUUCAAGGAAGAUUCGACGAUUUGCCAGGACCGAUCGAAAUUUCAUCGGCAAGCCCAGAGAAGAAAGUAAGAGCUCUUCUGCUUCUGCACCGAAUGCUUCUUCGACGACAUACGGGAAAUCAAUGGGACUUCUAUCGCAAAAUUAUGUCGCAGCGUUGUUGGACGAGAGCACACCURCUGUGUCGGGAUCGACAAAACAGCGGGUUGAUGAAUCGACAGUGUGAAGGGAAGGACAUAGUGGAACGACCUCGAUGGAAACAAAACAAAGUACCAAAUAAUCACACCCGUAAUUAUUAUGCUAAACUAAAGAAUAGAUUCAUGGGUAUCAUUCAAAUAGAGUAACCAGUUACCU